CAGCGGGUCCGUUGUUAAACUCCAUCCGGUAAUUCUUCCGGUGUAAGGACGCUCCUGUAGCAGGGCUUCGGUUUUUCACAGAGGCCGACCGGCUCAAUAAAGGUAACCGCACAGACAUCCAUAUAUGUACAUUUUUUUGUCAGGGGUUAAAUUUGUCGGAGCAUCGAUGUUGCACCGAUAGUUUCCUAGCAUUCACUUUGAACUAAGUGGUAAAAUAAACAGCUUUUCUUUGUCUAAGACCAACAAGCUGAGUGUGGCUAACGGUUCGUAGUUAACAGGAGCACAUAUGAAAACGGAAGACCUCUAGUUAAAUUCACACUUUGUUUGAACAAGUUGUUUAUAUUUAGUGUUAUUAUUUGUACGUAAAGUCAGACAUUUUUUGAAUAUGUGGAAAAACGUCGUUUAUCAAUCUGCUGAAAAACGACGAUUAAUGUUCGCUGAAAUGCCGUCAGCCAUUUUAAAAUGAAAGGGCCCAUUAACGCUCGAGCGGGGAGUCUGAUGGAAAACGCUACAGUGAAGUUUAGGUAUUUAGAGACAUGCCUCUUCGCAAACUGGCCUCUAAUUUUAUGUUAUUACACGAAAUAUAUCUAUACUUACUGUACAAAUCAAUACGUGUACACUAAAUAUAUAUGUAAUGUGACUUAAAAAAUUUAAGAAUGGUUACAGUUCUUCCAGUGAGGAUAGUUCGUCAAAGGACUAAGCACCAUUCACAAACGAAGCCACAUGGAAAUAAAUAAAUUUAGCUGAUAAAGCUCACAUUAAAACUGAAUGUUUACUAAAGAUUGUAACUUGUGCCAUUCUGAAUUUUAUUUGUUGAUUUCCUGCUGUAGCUUAGGUUUUCGUGUCUUAUCUGUCUUUUACAAAAUUGUAAAGCAAUUGUUUAAUUGUCUGAGCUCAGAGCAACAUUUCCUGAGUACUUCUAAGCAACUGCACUUUUAAAAAAAAGCUUUCAAAGCUCUCUUAUCUUAAAAACAAAGAUAAAUGACUUUAUUCUUUACUCCUGCCUCACUAACAUGUCUUUGUUUUUUCUCAUUUAGAUUUCUAAAGAUGGUGAAGAUUUUUGUGGGAAACCUGCCACGAGAAGCAGACAAUGAUGAAAUCAAGGCACUGUUUAUGCAGUAUGGCACAGUCACUGAAUGUGCCAUCAUCAAGAACUAUGCUUUUGUCCACAUGGAUGACCGCAAAGCUGCCACCAAAGCCAUAAAGAACUUGCACCUCUAUAAGCUACAUGGCACACCAAUCAAUGUGGAGGCCAGUCAUGGGAAGAACCAGGGUUCAGUAAAGCUGCAUGUAGCUAAUGUUGAAAAGGGAGCUGACGAUGAGCUGCGAGCUCUCUUUGAAGAGUAUGGUACAGUCACUGAGUGUGCCGUUGUUAAGAAUUUUGCUUUUGUACACAUGUCAAACUCAGAUGAGGCUAUGGAUGCCAUCAAGGGACUGGACAACACUGAAUUUCAAGGUGAGAAAUGUAUAAUAAGUCAAAAUGUAGUCAUUACAAAUAGUUUUAUCUUAAAUCUAAUGAUUUAUUUUUUUUAUUUGUUUUUAAUUAGGCAAACGUAUCCAUGUCCAGAUAUCUAAGAGCCGCCCCAGACAUGAUGAACGAGAUGACUACCCUCCUCCACCCCCAGAUAGGGGUGGCUAUUGGCCCCCUCGCUACCCAGGGGAGAGGCAUGAGCCUCCUCCUCCAGGCUACAUGAGAGGCCGCCUCAGCCACAUACCCCCAGGUUACCCCGCUCCCCCUCUGCCACCUCCUCCCCCUAGACGUGCUGUUUAUCCUGACCGUCCCUAUGAGGGGGAGAGGGACAGGUAUGGUGUUGUAGAUUACUAUGAGAAGUACAGAGCCCGUCCUUAUGGCAUCCCCUCUUAUGAAGACCAACGUCCAGGUGCCCCUCCUCCUCCUCCCCCACCUCCAUCAGCCGUCGUCCGAGACCGUCUUAUGACCUCUCCGCUUGACCCGUACGAACGUCGACCCUUACCUCCUCCCCCGUCCUCGUACUAUCCUCGAGAACGCAGCCCCCUCAGGAGAGCACCUAGCGCGCCAAUGCCCCCUGCCAGUAAUGGUUACUCCUACGAGCGCUCACGCCUCUCCCCGGUUUCCAGGGUCCCAGCAUACGGAAUGCCUCGUGCCAGGGACCCCUACGCAGAUCGGCUGCCUCCGCCACCGCCUGCUCGCUACGCUUAUUGAUCAUGUAAAGGUGAGACUAGGUGUGAGGUAGAGUGGUCAUAAUUUCCUAAAGUGUUCAUUCGUCCCUCUAAAGGCAGAGGCAGCUUGCGACUUGUCUUGCACGUUACAGAUCUUGUGGAGAAAGCAAGGUUGGAAAAAAGCAUUCCGUUAAAAAUGCUGUUCAGUAAGUUGUCAUAAGUCUGUGGACUAAGUUGAAAUCCAGCUAAUUACUGCUCAUUUAAGUGACACAGUCCAAAAUUAACAGACUGAGUGGUCAGAGAUCUUAAACCAAAACAGGACUCGUUUCAGUGCCCGGAAACCACAUGGAUGGAAGAAAAAAAACGUGUUUUGUUUCAACAGUUGCAGACAGGUCAUUUGUGUUAUUUGCUCUUUUUUCAGGACCGCCGUCCCACUGCGUCGCCGCUCGCCGCCUCCUGAUGCACGUGACAAUAUCCUCCUCCUGUCUGUGGCUGAGCGCGUUUUGUUCCCCUGCGACGCUCACAGGACGAACUGAAAUGCCGACGUCAAUGUCUGAUUUUGUUUCUAUUAUUUUAGCAGAUUUUACACUCGUAUUUUUUCCCUUCAUUGUUUUAGUUGAUUAAUGUGGUGUAGUAUUUUAAAUGCUUGACGUCUGAUCUAGGCGUUUUCUAUUUUUAUUUGUACUAAAUCGUUUGGAUAACUAGUGUCCUGGUGUUGUGUGUGACCUUAGAAGGCUGAACAAUUUCAGCAGGAGUAACCAGGCGGUACGUGUGACUGUAGAUUAAUCUGAAAUAUGUUCUGUGUAAAAUCUAUUCUGCACGUUGGUUCCAUUAUGUAAAACCCUGCCAUCAAAAAACAGACUUCCAUGUGGCGUCUCUGUGAAAAUUUGCUGAGCUAAGUUGCAUGGGUUUGAAAAGUAAAGUAGCUGUUAUUGCAAUAAUAAGCGCAAAACGUUCAUCUGAACCUGUCCACAGUCAAACUUGUUUUUGGAGGUGAUUUUUAAGCAGUAAUAUCAAGAUUUUCCCAUUAUGCCCUGCCGUUUAUAAUACCAGUGCAGUCGCUUCAAGUGUAUCGUAAAUUUCUGCUCUUUUCAUAUUAUACCAUCAACCGCUGAAUUAAAAUCACACCUCGCUGAACUACUUUCGUCAAAACCAUCACGUUGAUUGAAAACAUAUCUGCUCUGCCGUCUUGUCUUAAAUACUUCACUUUUUUUAUCAGCAGUUUUUUUUUUUUUGAAUUUCCCCUCCUAGAGCCAGAAUUGUAACUUGCCCACUUUUGCAGCUUAGUGAAGAAAUAGAGAAAUCUCAACGUUGAGAAUAGUUUACCUCGGCCAUGACAUCAGAACCCUCUGAAGACCUUCACAGGUAAGUCAAGGGUUUCAAGGAUUACACAUGCAAAGUAAUGCUGAGAGAAAACAAUGUUGGUUUGUAAUGUCCUGUGAGGUUUUUGGUUUAUAGGAAUAAACUUUUGAUAUUAACAGGCUCUCAAAAGGAGGCAAACUCUAUUAUUUUUAUUCAGUGCAACAAAUAUUCACUCAGCUGUUCAUCAUAUUACUCCCAUUACCACUGCUGAGUGGCCUCUUUAUCAUAGCUACAUUUACUCUUGUUAGUCCUCUGCAGCCAUCUUCAGCAACCUGAAUUCUGGCAACUGAAAACAUUUCAGAAUUGGAAGAUAAAAGCAGGGAUUUGAGGCAGAUCUAUUAAAUGUGAAUCUGGUUAAGUGAUUGGAAGACAUCUGAAUGAACUGAAGGAAAAUGACACACACAAGGUCUUAUAGGGACCAUUUCUUUUAGAAUUGACAUACAAAGUGAAGGAACAAUGCACUGGAAAUGAUACAGUAAUUGAUUUUAUAGGUUUUGAUGGGUGUAAGGUGUGAACUGUACUUUGCAUUGUGUUGCCAUUUUGGAAUCUGACCUGCAUGAAUAAAACAUUUUCAAAAAAUAACUGUCC